CCAUAUAUAUAAAAUCAAAAUUGUUUUCUUAAUUUCAAAUUUUUCUCUACAGAAACCAUGCCCAAAUUCAAACAGCGAAGAAGAAAGCUAAGAGCGAAAGCCAAACGAUUAUUUAGGGAGAAAGAAGCCUCUCGGUUCCAGCCUAAACUACCGACACCUCCCCCUCCACCACCCACUCCAGAAAGAGUGGUUGCUUCUUCAACAGAUAUACCCCAAAGCAGAAACUGGCUAAGACCAUCCUGGAACUUCAAAUUUCCCAACAUCAAAGAGGCAAUAAACCUUUGGACAAACCGAGCAUGGCGCAUAUACGGUUUCUGUCAGACCUGUGUAGCUGAGAGUUUAGAAGUGCUAAAAGAUGCUAUCUUUCCAUUCCGAGUCUACCACAGGGAACUUCACAGUCUAAAACAACAAUUUUGUGUUUUGAAAGGUGAACUAUGCAAGCUCCAAGAAACGCUGAAGACCAUCUCAGAAAAUUCAUCUCAUUCGAGCUGUUGUCACACGUGUUGCAUGAAUGAUAAACUUACCAAUGUGCCUGGCUGUGCUCCAACAACCCAUGGAGAAUGCCGAACUGCACUUCUUCCCACACUCCCACAGCCAGCCAGUCAUCCUCCCCCUCCCCCACCUCCUCCCCCUCCCCCUCCUCCUCCACUCCCUCCCCCUCCCCCACCCCAAGCUCCUCUGCUGCUCAAAAAAUCUGGUCCUACUAAAGCACUUCAGGUUGAACCAUUAAAGAAAGAUGGACCCAUGCAUAUAACAGUUAAAGAUCUGCUCACUGUGAAAUUAAAAAAGACACAGAGUGUUGACGAAUGGAAGAAGCUUGUGUCGUCACCACCCAAGGAACGGACUCCACUAGUUACUGUCUCUGACCUGCAGCGUGUCACCCUGAAGCCUAACACCAGGGUGUCAGCAACUCGAAUUAAGAGCGUCUUAAUUACUCCAGGUAAAAGCCAAAUCGAUCUUCGGAAACUGCUUAGGAAAGUUGAUGUAGAAAGGAGCCCAGGUGGGACACCUCUUACCAAUAAAGAAAAUAUGGAAACAGGAACUGGACUGACCCCAGUCAUGACUCGGGCCUUAAGGAGAAAGUUUCAGCUGGCUCACCCUCAAAGCCCCACCCAGUCUCUGCCACGUUCUGCGAGCAGCUUUGAUGAACAAAACUGAGGCCAACUCUGCCUGCCUCUGUAGAGUGAUCCAUACAAUGACAGAUCAACUCCAC